AUUGUGCCGCAGCUACCCCCUUCUCGAAUGUAGACCUUUUUUUGGAAGUACUGGUGCUUUCAGGACAACUGGGGGGGAAACGAGGUUAAAUAAUGACGUUAGUGAACUUCAGGUCGGAGCUCUAGAAAGAUGCCCUAGUAUCCGACUUGGAUGACUGUUCAAAAUGAUUUUCCAAAUCGGAGCGAACGUAUUUUGACAUUAUAACGGUUGCAGAGUUGUCUAAUGGGACAAUAAAUUGUAAGAGAGGAUAUUCGUCAAAUUCAACGUCUCCUCUACCAAGAUACUGGUGCAGCUAGCUAACGGUAGCUAGUAACAACAACAAAAAGCUACCUUUGGCUAGCAGCUAGCUACCUGCAGUAAACCUAAUGUUUACUGUGCGCCAUGCAAGCUUUAGUCGCACAUUAUUCAUCAACUCCUAAACUCACUAUUAUUCAUCAACUCCCAAACUCACAUUUAAUGUUGAAAAGUCUUUGCUAUUAAUCGUUUGGGGGAGAAAAGGUUGAGCUCCAGUGGGACUGUAAACUUCCGGUCCGUACUAAAACCGGAAGUGACGUAAAAUUUGUGCUGCCAUCAGGUAGGUGGCUAGUAACUCCGCGUUUUCCAAGUUAUAAUACAUAUAUUUAUAUAUGAGACGUGACUUGAUACGUUGCUGAUUUAAGGAGUACUGCCCCUACUAGAAUGCGGGAUCAUCUAAAUAGCUAGAACUCUAUGAAAAGGACAGAAACAGAGAGAGCAAGCUAACAGAAGUACUAACAUCGUUAGCAUAGGUGGGUGGCUGUUUUGUUUGCUGCAGUACUGUUAACGUCAGAAGCUGGCCUUUAUUGAUAAAGCACUGUAUAUGGAUCCUCACAUCCGUGUUAAAGACGAACCCACUAGUGAUGAUGACGUUACACACAGCUGGUGCAACCCUGUCCGGCCCUCACAAAUGGACUACAGUCAUGAAGGUGCUGUUGAUAAGUCUGAGUUGGAACCAGGUGACCUUCCAGGCCUCAGUGAGGCAAGAAAACCAACAUUCAAUGUGAUUGUCAAAGAGGAGGAGGAAAAGGAGGAUGAUGAAGAUGAUGAGGAGGACAUGGUUGACAGAGGUUCAGACACUGACUACACACCAAGUCCCGCUGUGGUAGUGAAGGUGGGAGAACACAAACCACCAAAGAAUAAGAACACAGUAAAGAAACUUCACCAGUGCCCCGACUGUGGUAAAACCUUUGAGAGGCUGUCGCGUCUGAAGAGGCACGAGCCAUCACACUUGAGGAAGAGCAAGCACCCGUGCCCUGACUGCAACCAGUCUUUUGGCAACCUCUCAGUCCUGAAGAAACACAGGGCAACACACAAGAGCACCGAGAAGCUGACUCACCAGUGUCAACAAUGUGGCAAGACGUUUGAGAAGCUAUCGCGCCUCAGAAGGCACCAGCCCGUACACCAGAGGAGAAAGAGGAUGGACCACCCGUGUCCUAAAUGUGGCAAGACCUUCAAGAAGUUAUCCUCCGGCCUGGUUCGGCACGAGCGAGGACACACCGGAGAGAACCGUUCCCUUGCUCCCAGUGUGGGAAGAGCUUUGCCGACGACCGUCACCGGAAAGUGCACGAGCAGGCUCACCAAGGGAAGCUGGAGAGACCCCACCACCGCUGCGCUGACUGCGGGAUCUGCUUCCCCAAACCAUCCGAGCUUCGACGGCACCAACGUGCUCACACGGGAGAGAAACCGCACCGCUGCCCUGACUGUGGGAAGGCCUAUUCCCGGUCAGAGACUCUGA